CUGCCGCCAACGCACAAUCUAUCACAAUUGCAUCAGUUGCUACCAGCUCAGAAACCCAAGAUACAUCCAACACAAACUCCACUGACGUCACUUUUGAACAAGUGAUAACUGGAUCACCUGAAUCUGCAGCUACAACUACGACAGAUGUAGACACAACACCUAGCAUUACAGGAAAACCAGCGAUUGUGUCAGAAUUCGAGUCUUCAACGGUUUUAACGACAAGUGUCAACACAGUGUCAGUAACAUCCGGGUCUGAAACCGAGUCAUCAACUAUUAUUACUGGACCAACGGCAUCCGUAUCUGAAACCGGGGCAUCAACUGCCAGAACUGGAUCCAUGACAUCCGGUUCUGAAACCGAGGCUACAACUGGUAGCUCUAGAUCGGUGACAGCUGUUAAUAACAUUUCGCCUGUUAGUACCAGACAGGAAGUUACUAAUCCUGGUACAGAGUCAACAACUGACGUCACCACUGCAUUCGUCAUCACUGAAUCAGGAACUUCCGGUUCCGUGAACAAUUCACCAACAUCUUUAACUGAUGGAAGUACAGCUUCCGGUAAUACCGGUGGGACAUUAAAUGAUCCUCAAAAUAAUGCUUCCUCUGUCGUAAACAUAACACCAGGAAUCAUGGAGUCCGGUACAACUACCGGAAGUAUUACUAUAUCGGAAGUUCCUAAAAAUGUCACGUCGUGUCCGAGAUUUCCAAGUAGGCUGGAGAAAGAUACCCGUAUCGUAACGUAUGGAAGCAAACGCUGUGAAAUGGUUGUUACCAUAGUGACGGAGGAUGUUAGUCCAAUGACGAUAUUACAGGUGUUAAAGAAUAACAAAAGAGUUGUCAGAAGGCCUGCUGUGAGAUUUCGGACUGUGAAUGAUGAAAAUGAUGAGACGCGAUUGGUCUGUAAACCGUUACCGACCACGCCAGAUGGUCCUGUGGUAUUUGUGGACACCGUGAUCAAUAAAUGUCAAAUGGUAUUGAAGAUCCAGAAAGUUACCGAUGAAGAUGUUCCAUCAAACGCGUCUCGACAAAAGGACACGAGUACGACGAAACUUCCAGCCACCGUAAUAAAAUUCCUCCCUGUCCUUAUGUACCUGGAUGAGGACGCCGCACAGGAAAUCCAAGAGCCAAUGUAGAGUUAUAUACUCGAGGUCUGAAAUACCUAAAAUCCUGUUUAAGCUUUAACUUGUAAAAAUGUUAUAGAUAUAUGUACAUAAAUGCCAAUGUUUGCGCGAAAUUCUGUCUAGUUGAGAGCGGUCAGGCUAAGUCUUCACCUCUAUUUCAAAUCCAUUCCACACUGAAGGAUGAAUCCUGAUAUCACUGUCUAGUAUUGUAUCCGUAACAUUGAUUUCAAGAACAUAAAUGUGACAUUUUAGAAUGAGAGCUGUAUAGCUACACAUGUAUAUUAUGUUAAGAAUGUUGAUGAUAUAGUGUACAUAAUUAGGAUACCUAUAGUUGUAUAUAGCCAAUAUUUGUAAUAAACAAUUUGAACAUAUCACCAA